GCAAAAGCAAAACGAUAACUCUCUCAGUUUCGUUACCAAAUGAUGACUCGAGGAUUGGUUCUUGGAGUCAUAUGGAUGAUGUUAUAUUGUGUUUGCUCAUCAUUUCAACAAGAACCACCGUUUCUCUUCAACGGCUUCAACCAAGGAGAUCCUCGUCUUCAUCUUCAAGAUAGUGCAAUAGUCAUUCCAAGAAACCAUGUCCUGCAACUGACAAAUGCAUCCAAGACUCAAAUAGGCCGUGCUCUCUUCCAGCAGCCGAUUGAAUUCAAACCAUCUGAACCAGUCUCGUUCUCUACACAUUUCGUCUGUGCGCUGCUCCCUGCAGGUGAUCCUAGUGGCCACGGGAUAGCGUUCUUUGUAUCUCAUUCCACUGACUUCAUAGGCGCGGAACCAACUCGUUACUUUGGUCUUUUCAACUCGAACGAAUCUAGCUCCACGCGUGUGUUGGCUGUUGAGCUUGAUAUCUCUAUAGCUCCGGAUGUGAACGACAUCAGUGAUAAUCAUGUUGGGAUUGAUGUUAACAGCGCAAAGUCUAACGUAUCAGCCAACGCUUCUUAUUUCUCAGAAGGUAGAAACAUAGAUGUUAAACUACUUAGUGGAGAUCCUAUUCAGGUUUGGGUGGAUUAUGAAGGGACAACACUUAAUGUUACAUUGGCUCCACUUAAAACCAAGAAGCCAAGCAAACCUCUUGUCUCAUCAAAAUCCAUCAAUCUUACAGAGAUUGUGAAAGGUAGAAGAAUGUUUGUUGGGUUUUCUGGCUCAACAGGGUCAAGCAUGAGCUACCAGUAUAUACUCGGAUGGAGUUUUAGCAAAAGUGUUGCGUCUCUGCUUAGCAUUGACAUCUCAAAACUUCCCAAAGUUCCCCAUCCCAAAAGUAUAAAGAAGCCUCCAUCCUUGGCCUUGGAUGCUCUGCUUAGUUUAAUAGCGUUCUUAGUUUUGGGGCUACUUAUUGGAGGUUAUAUGUAUAGGAGGAACAUGUAUGCUGAAGUAAGAGAGGAUUGGGAAAAUGAGUAUGGUCCACUCAGGUAUUCUUACAAAUCUCUAUACAAAGCAACAAAAGGGUUUAGUAAGAAUGAGUUUCUUGGGAGAGGAGGUUUUGGUGAAGUCUACAAAGGAACACUCUCUAAAAGCAGAGAAGUGGCUGUGAAGAGAGUAUCACAUGAAGCUGAGGAAGGUAUGAAACAGUUUGUAGCUGAGAUUGUAUGCAUGAGGAGUUUAAAACACAGGAGCUUGGUUCCACUUCUUGGUUAUUGCAGGAGGAAACGUGAGUUACUACUGGUCUCUGAGUACAUGCCAAAUGGUAGUCUUGACCAUUACUUGUUUGAUCAUAGUCAAACGUCUCUUCCCUGGUGGAGAAGACUUGCGAUUGUUAAAGACAUUGCCUCAGCUCUUAGUUACUUACACACAGAAGCUGACCAAGUUGUUAUACACAGAGAUAUCAAAGCUGCUAACGUUAUGUUGGACGCAGAGUUCAAUGGAAGGUUGGGAGAUUUUGGUAUGUCAAGGUUAUAUGACAGAGGGGCUGAUCCAACCACAACAGCUGCGGUGGGGACUUUUGGUUACAUGGCACCUGAGAUUGUAACAAUGGGACCUUCCACUGGAACUGAUGUAUAUGCAUUUGGUGUUUUCUUGCUUGAAGUAGCUUGUGGGAGGAGGCCAGUGGAAUCUAGCUUGUCUGCUGAGAAACGUUUUUUAAUUACAUGGGUUUGUGAUUGUUGGAGAAGAUCUUCUUUGGUUGAUGCUAAAGAUCCAAGGAUGUUAGAGUUCUCAUCUCAGGAAGUGGAGAGGGUUUUGAAACUUGGUUUGCUAUGUGCAAACUUUGUCCCAGAGGCAAGGCCGAGCAUGGAACAAGUGGUUCAAUAUGUAAAUGGAAACAUAGCUUUGCCAGAGUUUUGGCCACAUUCUCCAGGGAUUGGAGUUCUUACUCCAAUGGCGCUUUCACCAGGGAGACUAACGAUCCCUUCACUAUCACUGUCAUCUUCCUCCAAUAACUCUAUGUUUGUUACUCAUUCAGUUUUCUAUGGGAGUGGACGUUGAAAUUUUCUAAUAAACUUCAUUCUUCUUUGGUCUCUUAGUAUUUUAACUGGUUUUCAACCAUUCACUCUCAAUUCUGUUUCAUCAAUGCAUAUGCUUACACCAUGUGACAUUCUCCAUCAAGCUUGGCUGGUAAAAGGACAAAAAACCGUGGUGUUUGUGUGGAAAAAUUUGCGAUUACUUUGCUAAAUACUUGUAAAGAAAGUUGAUCUUCUUUCUUAUUCUGUUUCACCUGUCAAGUCAACAAGAA